CUCUACCACCACCACCACCUUCUCCAACAACUCUACCACCACCUCCAACAACUCCACCACCACCACCAACAACUCCACCACCACCACCACCUCCAAUGUCCCAAGUUGUAAUCAGUGAGAUCAGUUUAGAGACCAGACUCCCUGACCCGCCCUCUCUGACUCCAACCCAGACUCUACUCUCCAUACCGAACAGGUCAGUCCUGACUCCAACCCAGACUCUACUCUCCAUACCGAACAGGUCAGUCCUGACUCCAACCCAGACUCUCCUCUCCAAACCUAACAGGUCAGUCCUGACUCCAACCCAGACUCUCCUCUCCAAACCUAACAGGUCAGUCCUGACUCCAACCCAGACUCUCCUCUCCAAACCUAACAGGUCAGUCCUGACUCCAACCCAGACUCUCCUCUCCAAACCUAACAGGUCAGUCCUGACUCCAACCCAGACUCUCCUCUCCAAACCUAACAGGUCAGUCCUGACUCCAACCCAGACUCUCCUCUCCAAACCUAACAGGUCAGUCCUGACUCCAACCCAGACUCUCCAUACCGAACAGGUCAGUCCUGACUCCAACCCAGACUCUCCUCUAGUCCAUACCUAACAGGUCAGUCCUGUCUCCAACCCAGACUCUCCUCUAGUCCAUACCUAACAGGUCAGUCCUGACUCUAACCCAGACUCUCCUCUAGUCCAUACCUAACAGGUCAGUCCUGACUCCAACCCAGACUCUCCUCUCCAGACCUAACAGGUCAGUCCUGACUCCAACCCAGACUCUCCUCUAGUCCAUACCUAACAGGUCAGUCCUGACUCCAACCCAGACUCUCCUCUCUAGUCCAUACCUAACAGGUCAGUCCUGUCUCCAACCCAGACUCUCCUCUAGUCCAUACCUAACAGGUCAGUCCUGUCUCCAACCCAGACUCUCCUCUCCAUACCUAACAGGUCAGUCCUGACUCCAACCCAGACUCUCCUCUAGUCCAUACCUAACAGGUCAGUCCUGACUCCAACCCAGACUCUCCUCUCCAGACCUAACAGGUCAGUCCUGACUCCAACCCAGACUCUCCUCUAGUCCAUACCUAACAGGUCAGUCCUGACUCCAACCCAGACUCUCCUCUCUAGUCCAUACCUAACAGGUCAGUCCUGACUCCAACCCAGACUCUCCUCUCUAGUCCAUACCUAACAGGUCAGUCCUGACUCCAACCCAGACUCUCCUCUCUAGUCCAUACCUAACAGGUCAGUCCUGACUCCAACCCAGACUCUCCUCUCUAGUCCAUACCUAACAGGUCAGUCCUGUCUCCAACCC